AAAAUAGUUGUUAAACUUACUUUUUAAUCAACUUUAAAGAGAAUAAACUAAAAAUUAACACAUUUGUCUAUUUAUUUACUAAAAAACAAACAAACUCAAUAAUUCAAAAGAAUAAAAAUGAUAUCGAAUUCUAAAGUAUUCAAAGAAGUAGAGAAUUUUAUCAGCUCUGACUUCUCUGCACAUGAAAAUAUUAUUUUAGAUUUUUAAUAUUGUAAAAUAGAUAAAUAGGCAAUAUCAAAUUUAAGCUCUUCUAUAUCUUAAUGCAAAAACUUAUCAGUACUUAUCCUUCAUUUAUAGUGUAAAAAUCUUAACGAGUAAAGCUUGAGGGAAAUAGUUACUUCCUUUUCGAACUGCAAAAAGCUGUAAACCUUAGAACUCUACAUCAGCCAAAACAAUUUUAAAGACAUUGAAGCUACUUGCUUAGGUUCUGGGUUGGGAAAUUGUACAAACCUUUAAAAUUUAAAACUUUAGUUAUUCUAAAACUAAAUAAAGGCUUAGGGCAUAUAAGGAUUCAUAGUGCCUUUAGUAAACAUCAAGAGUCUCUAGAGUUUGUUUCUUGUCUUAGAUCAGAACAAAAUUGGAGAUGAAGGAAUUUCUAUUCUGAGUUAAAAUUUAGUCAAUUUUGAGAAUCUGAAAGAUUUAACUUUAAAUUUAUAUUAGAUUGAGAUAUAAGAAAAAGGGGCUUCUGCGUUGGGAUAAGGUUUAGAAAACUGUAAAAACCUGGAAGCAUUAAGUGUUAGUCUAUAUACCAACAAUAUUCGUAAAUAAGGUAUUUCUAACCUUAGCUCAAGUUUAGCUAAUUGCUUAAAGCUUAAAUAUUUGCUUCUGAAUCUAGGUGCAAACAGUAUUUAAAAUGCAGGUGCUAUAGCCUUAUUUAUAAAUUUAGCUAAAUCUAAAAGCUUAUAAAAUUUAAUCCUUGCUCUUUAUAAUAACAACAUAAAUGACUAUGCAUUAAUUGAAUUACUACCUGCCUUUGCAUCCUUUAAAAAUUUAAGAACAGUUUCAGUUUCUUUUGGACAAGACGAUUUUAGUUUAAGAGGUUCAGAAAUUAAUUUUAAAAAUGCAUUGAAGAAAAUCAAAAAAUUAGUCUAAUUAAAAACUAGUUUCAGUUUCUGACGAACUCACAAUUUAUUAAAAAUAAAAUAUAACUUUUUAAUAAAAGAUUUUAAUUAAAUUAAAAAUUAACUUAAUUUCAACUUCUUUGUCUUAUAAAAAUUUAUUACCAAUUUAUAAAACGAAUAGUAAAGUAUUUAU